UAAUAAAAAAUCGUGUGUGAAGAUACUGCUGUCGUCAAUUAAUUGUAAUUUUUUGUGCAAUUUAAACCAGUAAUUCUAUAGGAAAAGUAUUUAACUGAACGCUGUGCCUGUUUUACGAUUGAAACCAGUGAUAUUUGCUGAAAAUAGUAUUGAAUUUCGUGCAAAGUCCAGAAAAUUUUAAUCAGUAAAUCUGGUAGCGCCUUGCUCACAAAUGUACGAAGAAAAGCUUCCAAAUUCCCGCAAGUUCGGCAGCAACAAGUGGUAAUUUUUCGGAAUUCCUCUGGAAUAUUGUGUUUCAAGGUGCAUAGAUAAACUACGUUGAGUAAAGUAUCAAUAUAAGAUAAAAUUAGAUUGAAAUUUAGACGAUAAUCGAUGAGCAUUGCGCGAAAAAGUGUGAUUAUUUUGAAAAGUGCUACUGGUUUUUGACACUUACACAGUCACCUACACAGUGAAGAUAAGGAGUUUUAUUUCUUCUCUAUUCGCUUGCUUCUCGACGUCGAUUGCAUGUGUGGUGACUUGGAACGCAGAACGCACACAGACACGGCGACGGCUGAUCCAAACGAGAGGGCUUUGAUCAAGUCUCGAUUGCCCGUACGGAUCGUUUUUGGAUUGGAUUUUGAUCGUGUCUUCUGCCGCGGUGGCUUCAAGUGGAGCUGUGGCUGUGUUGAAUUGAAACAUUUUUCGCUGUUGCGAGCUUGCUGCUUGUUGAAUGAAAUUUAUUUUGACGAUUUUUGAUCAUGCAUCUGCACACUGCAGUAAUCUUGAAUCACCGAACGCGAAGAACAGCAGUUCACGGUUAACCAACGUGGCGCUCGAUCAAAACAACGAUUUACAGCCGUCGUCGUAGUCCCAGCACCAUUAUCAUAGAUCCAAUUCAAUGGUCCUUCAAAACGAAAAGGAACCCAAAAAGAGUUUGGGUUCCACGCUCACCGGAAUCGUGGUCACUGGUACAGGAGGAACGACCUCCACUGCCGGUGGUGCCAGUAACGGCAUCAGUACCAUAUCUUCGUUGUCUUCGGUGAACGAACAACCGGUUAGUAAGCGACAGCGUAUAGAAAAUGAGUCCGAUGUCGUGGAUAGCAGCAACGCCAGUUCCAGUGGCAACUCUUCCAACGGUUCUUCGCUGCUGGCAUCUGCCAGUUCUAGUUCGACAUCACUUUCCUCGUCUCCUCCAACGUCCUCCGGUUCAUCAUCGUCGGCGGUGGCAGUGGCGGAUACCGCGCUAGUAGUGGACGAUUCUCCAACGCCGAUCCACGAAGCCACAAAUAUCCGUGACAAAAAUGGUUCGGAGGAUGAUUUAUUGCUGAGACAGGUACCCGACUAUCAGGCGUUAUUUCAGGAAGCCAUCGCUAAACAGUGCCUAUGUCGAUUGGACACCGAAGUACUGCUGAUGUCUUUUCAAUCGUACUACGUAUGCGGAGAAGUAUCACCGUUGGACAAGGGUCGGGGAAAAGUCAGGCAACUGUUACCACUAAUUGAGUGGCCCUUCGAGUACCUGCUCAAGUUUCUGUCGAAUUUACAGUUACUUUUUGAUACUUACUUGAAGCAGAACAUCAAGGGAAACAUCUGCUCUGGGAUAAUGGAUAUGUGUAACUAUCUGAUUAGGAGCGAACACUCGGAGCACUUGGAGACGGAUUUCGUCUCGAUGAACAUCGAUGAGAUUAUCGGAUUGUGUAACUAUAACAAUAAGUUUAUAAAUUAUUUGUCGGGAAGAAUAUUGUCCUCGUUUCUGGUUAUUAUCAAGGAUGAUUCGGAUGACCGAUGGUUGGAGAAGAUUGUGGCGAAUCUGUUCGGUUUCAAUCAGGCAGAUAUUUUGGCGGUAAAAAAGAUCAAUUUUAGCCUGGAAAUUAUUAAACAGAUAGUCGAAUGGAAAGAUGAAACAGAACAUCCCUUAGACGAAGACAUUCAUGGGCAGGCAGUGAGCAGUUCUAACGUCGAGGCAACCAGUUCAGCUACGGUAUUUCACCCACCACCGAUGGAAAGUAAUUAUUUUGCUACACACUUCGGUUCGCAGCAGUAUGGGGAAGAUUCUUCUGCUAGUACUAUAUUUAGCCCGGUGACCGGAUCGUCCCUGUCGAAUGCUGAAAUGUUUUACCCACCUAGCCAUAGUGUAGUAAGCCAAGUUAGUUCGCAACAUGCAAGUAACACAGCAAGUUCCUCCCAAGUAUGCCAUAUUAUCACGCUGACCGACUCGGAGAGUUUCGACACGACACGAAUCAAGUGCGAAACAAUUUGCAUCCUAGGUAAGAAGUGGUCUGCGCUGGUAAAAAUCAUCAGUAAGCUGAUACCGGAAGUGUCACGACCUCCCAAUACUCAAAGCAUCAUCACCGAAACCUGCAUUCUAACGUUUCUGCGUCUUUGGGAGAGUAUCAUUAGUGUCAAGGCAAAUCUGUCAGUUGUUGAAACGAAACCGUUCCACUCAAAGCUGGAUGACUUUCAUGCACUGCUUUUGUCAACGGAGAAUGCUGUUAUCUACAAGCAGAUGCUGACUCUGUUCAACGAAGCUCUUUGUUACGGAAGUACGCUUGCUUUGCAAGAUUUCAUCCCGGAGGAGGUUGGUAGUCUGGCUCACAGUGUGGUUCGAUCAGUCAAGGAUCAUCGAAUACUGGACAAAAUGCCUAAAUCAACAUAUACCACUAGUUUAGGAUUGCUGGGUCACAAAGGAGAAGUUAUUCGGUAUCACGACAAUCGUCUGUCGCCUGUCUCAGACCAGAAUGGACGCGUCGGUACAUACAAUAAUCUUCCUGGUAGCAGUAGUAGUAGUGGCAAUGCCUUCCAGAAUCCGGCCAACAAUGUACACUAUGAUCGUACACUUAUGCAGAAAAUGGCCCUUCUAGUCCUGAAAGCGGUAGCAGUUAUUGUAAAGGAAAUCCGAUGUGACUCCAGCGACAGUAGUGUCGACAGCAGCGAUAUUGAUAUGCAAGAGAUUCAGAUGAUUGAAAGAAGUAUUCGGGAUGUGGUGCGAAAGUUGGAAAGCUACCUAAAGCAUCAGCUCGAAUUUCACCCGGAUAGCCAUUUCAGUCAGGUGCUAAUACAUUUAUUCGACGAUCAGGACGACUAUCUGGUGGAGGCGAUGGUGUGUACGCUGGACGUCACAUCCGGAAUUUCGUUCCGAAAUAAUGCAUUCCCAGAGCUUAUUGCAAUUUUAAACCCAGUGUACACGUUUAUCGAGUUCUCUAACCUUGGGCCGAACAUUACUCAUCUGUUUUUGGAUUUGCUGAUAAGCACGGAGACCUGUUUUCUGCUUUUUCUGCUACGAUUUUUGAAGUACAUCAGGCAGAACUGGGCCAUGUUUACGCAGAGCUGUUUGAACUACUACAGGCACAAUAGCUACAGUAGUGCACGGGCAGUCAUGUACAGUAAUGCCUCGGUAAGCAGCAAUAAUCAGAACGUGGUCUUGGAUAACGUGAUGACGGUGUUAAUCAGUUUGCGAUUGCAAAUCAGUCGACUAGUAGCGGAUACGAUCUUCCCGUACAACAUUGGUCCGAUACUGCGACUGAUAGAGAAUUGCGAAAGUUUGUACGAGGGUAACGAGUUAAGCUGAGGUGAGUGUCUAGCACUGAUUUUGUUUCGGAUGUUAGGGAUUCUAUUUACAAUACAUACGGUUGUUUGCACGAGAUCUAUACCCACGUUUGAGGAGGAGUUGACCAAGCAUUCAACGCAAUUAGGUUAAUGAAAUUGCAAUCGUCUGAAGUUUGGUACUAUCAUUUACUUUUCAAUGUAUGUAGUACAACAUUCAUGGGAAUUUUUCUGAAAUUUUUGAUUUUUGAUGGGUUCGGCAUUUACUAAUGCAUUUGACCUAAUGACCUUCGGCUUGUUGGCAAUUUAAUAAAUCCAUCGGAUUUUUUAUGAAUUUAUGGAACAUUUUUUGAUGACCGUUGUUUGGCGGAAUCGUCCCAUUUUCAUAUAAUGAAAAUUUGAAUGAUAACUGUAAGAAUUAGUGACCUUAGGGAAACUCACGUUGAUUGAAAUUUGACAAAUCUGAACAUCCAACAGACUACGUAGUAUGUACAGUAUUAUAGAAAUUCGAGGAGAGCUUUUGUUAUAAAUAUCGGGAGAACUAACCAACGUACGAGGUAUAUUCGAAACGAAAGUUCACUACUCCUGCUCUUAUUUCAGGGGUGUACGUAGUGGCGUACCUAGACUUGCGCCCGGGACACAACUUGAUCGAUGAUUUAGCGAGCAAAAAAAAAAAUUAAAGUUUCAUGAACUCCAUCUCUAGAGGGUUCGAUUUGGUGGCGCAGCCACAUAAGCGAAGCCAACGAGGCUCGGUGACACUAAGCUACCGAGUGCGAACAAAAAAAUGUUCUGUAAGUAGCAGAAACAUCUCGUCUACUUAGUCGUUUAUGUUAAAAUGAUAAGUGGCAUAACAGUUAAUCAUCAACAAUUUUGCACUAGAUUAGUCGAUGACAAAACGUAAAAUAAAUAAAAAUGGUUAUGUGUCCUAAGCAAAACAAUUUAUUAAUCUCUAAAUGACCUAGUUUUUGGUAUAAUUUUCAGGACAAAACAGCCCAUACUGGUUUUGUCUUAAACUUCAAUAAAAUCGAUACACUCGCUUUCAUGACAACUAAUAUAAUUAACGAAAUUAUGUACAAAAUAAUGAAACACAAUUGCAGAAAUUCCUACUUGUUCGAUAUUCAGUAUUCAAGUCGAUUCGACAAAUAAUACUUUGCGAUCAAGUCUUUAUAAAGUUGAAUGAAAGUGAAUUUAGAACGGUAUACGCUGAAUUUCAAUACUAUUUGUUGAGAAAUUAGACUUUAGACUUCAAUUUGUUCAUUUGUUAGUACAUUUUCAGAAAUUUAUUUUUAGUCACUUGUUUUUACUUUUGCUAAACCCCUCUCUCCAACCAAUGAAUCUACGUGGUUUAUGAAUGACCCUAUAUAGAGAAGCAGCGAGUUCAGCCCAAUUGAGGUUUCUUUUUCUUCCAUUGAUAUUCCUAUUCCCUGCAUUUCUACUUACUAUUUCGACAGUAGAUUAUUCGUGUUGUUCGCAUGUAUAGACGAGUUAGGAGUUGAAGGCACAAUGUUCCUUCCGGUGUACGCAAAACGCUCUACGAGGCCUACAGGGGGCUAACGCUUUUCUGCACCGGAUUACCAGAGCCUGGAGGAUACCUACCGGGGCUACAGAAAUGAAGAUUCUAUUCAAAGUUGGUAAUCCCAGAUUUACUUUACAAAAAUUGUAGAACUAUGAGUUUCAGUGAUUUUCGGAAUAGAAAUUUUAUUGAAUAAUGCUUCUACACCCUACGGAUUUGUCGUGGGUAUCGUAGGCUUUAAACCAAAAGCCUUAUAAAGCAAAUUUUCAACAAGUAUCAAGUAACCAUUUUUGAACCCGUAUAAUGUUCAUACAUAGGGUAGUUGAAUAUACGUAUAUUUUAUGUGAUUCCCUAUCCAUGACGAAGAUGGGAUAUGCGAUAAUACGAAGCAAAAAGCUCCACCAAACGGCACUCUUUAAUAUGGUCCUCAAAGAUCCGUGCAAAUAACCAACAUUCUCUAUAACAUUCCAGGUAUGAUGUAGGGUAAUGUUUGACUUAUAUUUGGCUAACAGAAAACUACAUUGAAUCAAAAUUUUUAAUAUUCAUGCAACAGGGGCGACUAACUAUUUAAAUAUUUAAAUAAGCAUUGCUCAUAUUUUAGACUUUCGAAAGAAAUAAAACUAAUCAGAAUCAAAAUUUUACUUAUAUAUUCCGGUGUCGUUUAAAGAUUCGAUCGUAAAUUUGCAUUCCCUGAAUCAUAGCUUGUAAAAAAGGUGGGUUUAAUAUGAUCAUGUGCCUUAGCGAGUCCUUUCCUUGAAUUACCGGUACGAUGUUCUUUCCAGUUUUCUUUUGUCGCCUAGGUAAGAAGAUCUGAAAAGAUGCGAUAUGCAGACUGAUUCUUAGGAAGUUUAUUUUUUUAAAUAUAUUCUCUAGAUAGGUAAAAUACGGACCUGCAGAUGGACGUUGCAAUAUAUGUAACGAAUUAUACUAGCUCGUGACAUCAUAGAGGGAUUUGCCUGAACCUAUAGCGGUGUACGGGUUGUUCCAAGCAGGUCUUGAAAUAUUUUGUAAAUAAAAGAAUGUACAAAAAUGUUAUUCAUAAAAGAGUUAUUAUACGGCAGUGCUAGUAGCUAGUAGUGACGACAAUAAAUCAGUGAAAUAAAGUCAACUGUUCGCAUGAAUAUUUUGUAUAAAUUAUAUUUUAAGGGAAAAAAUAAUUUAAUGGUAGCUGUAAAAUAAUUUCUAUGAAGAAGAAAGAUUUAAUUUAUAAUAACCGCUUGGAGAUAAUUUAUAUCGUUAACAGAGCAUAUUUUACGGAGUAUGUAGUUGAAAUAGUUUUUUUUUUAUUUUAUGAACAGUAAUUUAUAUUUAAAAUAGACCACCCUUUAUGUACAUUCGGCUCACAAUAAACUAUUUAAAUGUCAAUCAGUAA